AUGCGCUUGAAGGAAGUGAAAGUCUCUAUGCUGGUUGUGUUUGUAAGCACAGCAACUGCGAUUCGCAUGGCUGUGGUCAGAAAGUCUGUUCCCUGCGGUGGAAUGCACAUUUUCAUUCCCACCGCGGUUUCCUUGCUCCACGUUAUGCCGUUUCUUCUGUCUUUCUUUGUCUCUAUUCCAGUGAAGUUCCGGAGGCUUCUAAACUCGGCCAUCUAUCUGCUCUCUUCGGCUGCUUACAUUGCAAUGUUUUCUCUUUUUGCGUAUACGUCUGUGCUUGUAAGCUUCAAUACUGUGUUCAUUCUUGCGUGCAUGUGUACGUCUUUGCUGGAGUCAUUCCUGUGCUUGUGCAAGUGGCACAUACGGAGCAAGAAAAGACGGGAGUUCCGAAACAGGCCCCUUGUCAGGCGAAAGUACAGCACCGGGGAAAUAAAAAUGCCCCCCAUAAGCGUAAGCACAGAGACCAAGCAUCUGCGUGCAAAAGCAGAUUUCGUCUAUAAUGGGGCUGUUUACAUACGGAAGGGUGAAACUGUUGAGCUUCUUAAGCCAAUAGGAUCGUACUAUUCUGUCCGCACUUCUGUGGGAACUGAAUAUAUUGUUCCAAAAGAAGUUUUCUUUUGA